AUGACCAGUCGACGUUGGCACGGCCCCGUGCGUGCUAUUGUUAACUUCGAGCUGGGCCUCCUGCAGAUUGACGCGCCGGCCAUCAACACCGACCCGGCCAUGUCUGCCGAGGAGUUGCCCUGGCUGAGCAAAAUCUGCAGACUGGCCGUCACCAACACCAUAGGGCCGUUCGCUGACAUCAAGAAGUUCAUGCAUCUAGUCCGUUCCAUGCCGCAUUUUCGGGAGGUGUCAGCGAUCGUACCCUGGCAUUUGCUGCACUUCGACGUACCGCAAGGCCAUCCAGACCUGCCCAAGGACGGACUCGGCUUUCAUCAGUGUGAUGACUUCCAGGGGAUGCGCUCGGUUGGUACCGUCGACAUGGCCGCGUUCGUGCAGUGGUUCGAACUGCUGGCUUCUGCAGUGGCUAAGGAGAGGAAGGGCGUCAAGGUCUCGGCUGUUUGCUAUUGCAAUGAGCUGGAGGGUGCACCGCGGGUCAGGGCGCGGCCUACGGGAUAG